AUGUCUAUUCCCACCCGAACCCUUGGUCGUAACGGCCCUAAGGUAUCUGCUGUUGGCCUGGGCCUGAUGAGCAUCGGUGGAGCAUACGGUGCAGCAGGUUCCCUCGAUGAAAAGGUCGCUUUCCUGGAACAUGCGCAUGCGACUGGACAGCGGUUCUGGGAUACGGCCGAUUUGUAUGCAGAUAGCGAAGAUAUCGUUGGCGAAUGGUUCAAGCGCUCUGGAAAGCGUGAGGAUAUUUUCCUUGCUACCAAGUUCGCGGUCCAGCGGGACCCCGACGGGGGCAUGAGUAUCCGCUCUGAUCCCGAAUAUGCCAAACAAGCUUGCGCAAAAAGUCUUGAAAGACUUGGUGUUGAUACCAUUGACUUGUAUUACUGUCACCGAGCGGAUGGAGUCACGCCUAUUGAGAAGACUGUCGAAGCGAUGGUGGAAUUGAAGAACCAAGGGAAGAUCCGAUACCUCGGCCUCUCUGAAGUUUCAGCAGCAACCCUCCGUCGCGCCCAUGCCGUCCACCCGAUUACCGCGUAUCAAGUGGAGUACAGCGCCUUUGCACUGGAUAUCGAGUCCCCCACUGUCGACCUCUUGAAUACCUGCCGUGAGCUGGGUAUUGCAGUUGUGGCGUAUAGCCCCGUCGGCCGCGGGGUAUUGACCGGAGAAAUCCAGUCCUCUGCUGAUAUCCCCGAAGGUGACUUCCGUCGCAUGGUCCCCAAGUUUUCUGAGGAGAACUUCCCCAAGAUCUUGGAGCUAGUGAGCGGGCUAAAAGCUGUGGCUCAAGCGCAUGCGAAAACUCCUGCACAGGUUGCUAUUGCAUGGCUCCUUGCCCAGGGAUCGGAUAUCUUUCCCAUUCCAGGAACCAGGUCCCCCAAGAGGGUUGAUGAAAACACUGCGUCUGCUCUGCUGGAACUGACCGAAAAGGAGGUUCAGGAUAUCCGGGACUUGGUAGAGCGAACGGAAAUUGUUGGAGCUCGGUAUCCUGCUAGGAUGAUGGCCAAUAUCUUUGCCGAUACACCGCCGCUGUAG